UUUUAUUAUUGUAUAUUUUAAUACUUUUAUCAAAACUACUUUGAAAAGUCAGUCAUACCUAGGUAGGUACUUCAUUAUUUGAUCAAUGGUUAUUUUUUGUACUUGGAUAAAACAAUGGUAUCGUAAACAGUAGGUAUGAUCCAUGUUAAAGGAUGAUGUAUCAUGUAUGUUAUGGAAGCAAACCUAACUUUGCUGCCCCUUUUAAAGUAACAUUAAUGUAAGAAAUAUGAAGAUUGUCAACCUGUUUUUUUUUUUUUAGCUGUUAGCAUUUUUCAAAAUUUUUUGUAAUAUCAAAUUCAUUUUUGAUAAACAUUCCUAUGAUGAAUUGGUAUGUACUAUGUACUUAUAUAAUUCUGUUAUAAUAAACAUGUUAUUUUAUUAUAAUUGUACUUCAAUGUUUUGCCACUUGCAGUAAUUGCUUCUUUUGCACUUCUGUUGAUAAACCCUUUCUAAGUAAAUAAAUAUUAAAAUUCAUUUAAAUUUAAAAUCAAUGAUAAAUUAAUAAUUGGUAAAAAUUUAAGUGAAGUAUCACUCAGGUUUAACAUAUCUACUCAUUCUUUUUUGCCCUAUUUUGGCAAUUAAUCCAAAAUUUUGGAAAAACUAUUGAGAAUUUUGGAAAAUUACCUUUAAAGUAGGUACUUGGCCAACUUAAAAUUGUUAAAAACCAGAGUUAAGUAUUUGUUAAUGCACUAUGUUUAAAAUAAAUACAUUAAUACAUAAUCAAUUAUGUAUUUAAUAACUUAUCUUAUUUACAUUCUAUUUUAAUAUUUUGUAACGGUUUUUGCAAGACGUUUUUCCCAGUUCCUCAUCGCACCCACCCAGCGACCCGCAUCGGCCGCAUCAUCACGAAGUACGUCUAUAGGAGCUAUGACUUGCUUCUCAGCUCCCAUACUGAACGGUCCUUACUACACUUUUGGUCUUGCACGAUAUUUACUACUUACUACACUUCUGGUCUUGCCACGAUAUUUGCUACUUAGUACUUACUACACUUCUGGUCUUGCCUUUUUCGUACUGACUUAGUUCGUUUUGUCGCACUUCGUUACUUAAAACUUUGACCAUAGGUCAUACCACCGACUUAGUUCGUUCUGUCGCACUUCGUCACUUUUAACUUUGUUUUUUAAUUGUUUUAUAGUCUACAAAUAUGAUGAAUAUCGAGGAAGAAAUCGGUCUUCCCGUUCAUUUAUUGGACCAUGAUUAUUUUAGGCCAGUUGUAUAUGAGAACAACCCCAUUGAAGAACUGGAUGAAGUGGAACAAGGAGUAAUCGAAGAAGAAGUACUUGAAGAUGAAGAUUUAGUUGAAGAAAACCCUUUGAAUCAGGUACCACUAACCUACAGAAUGAUUCCAGGUGUUCAUCAUGGAUCAAGGAUUUAUGUGGAUAAUUUAGGUUUCAAGUUUUACAAACGUGAAGCCACAAUCAACCGUGUGUAUUUAGUAUGUGAGCGUCAAAAAAGUAGGUAUCAUGAGUAUUGCCCUUGUACAGCAUCAGUGAGUACAGAACUGAUUGACAACAGGAUAAAAGUUAGACAUCAACAUAACCAUGGGCCUGCUGACAUAGAUUUACAUGUACCUUUCCUAAGAGAAGCAAUUGGUGCAAGAAGCAUUGAUCCUGAAAACAUGUCUGUAUCAGUUAGGACUGCAUACAACAACGCCAUUGUUCAAUAUCCAGAAGCUGCUAACAAUUAUACAUUUUUGCAGGGACAAAGAAGAUGGAUGAGGAUGCGUAGGUCACGUCAACCAAAUGGCGGAUACAUACCUCAGAACAUCCAUGAGCUUGCUGAAGCAUUGAUCCGACCAGAGAAUGCUGCCUACAGUCAUACCCUUCAAACACCACCGUCUGCAUUUUUCCAACAAGAAUUAGUGGUAAAUGGAACAAGCGAAGGAAUUAUUUUUGCAAACCUGGAUGCAAUUAGAAGAUACCGAGAAGAAUUGGCCACAGUUACAACAGUUGGAAUUGAUGGAACAUUCAAAACUGUUCCCGCUGCCCCGGUAGACUUGAAAAGUUUUCUGACUUUUCAAGUGGUAUUUAAAGAUGUGUCGUUCCCAAUGGUGUAUGUUCUUCUAAGAAGUCGGACAGAAGAAACAUACAUAACAUUAUUUAAUAUUAUUCGGCAAAUUUUACCUCUUAACUAUAACUUAAUUCGGUUUGUUACAGAUUUUGAAAAAGGACUUAUGAAUGCAGUUCAACAAUCAUUUCCAGAAAGCAGAUUGGGGUGUUGCUGGUUUCAUUAUACCCAAUCAAUUGUACGGUAUUGUCAUCGUAAAUUAAAUGGUGUUUUGGAUUUAGUCAAGAGGAAUCCUGAUGCAGCUCGUGUUUUCAGAAUGGUUCUUGCACUGCCUCAUCUGCCUGCCGCUAGGGGUCAUCCUCUAUGUCCUCGGUUUUGUAUGUAUGAUGGUUUCAGGGCUAUCAUGCAGUAUGUUCAACAAUUUCCUGAAGUUGAGCAGGGUAUGAGAAAUUUUUUAAUUGGAUAUAUUGAUCAUUAUUGGUUUUUCCAGGUUGGUCCAGAGUUAAUCAGCGUUUUUGCAGAAGACUAUCGUACGAACAACUACUUAGAAUCAUUUCAUUCAACAUUACUUUCGCAAAUGGGACGACACCCCAAUAUAUGGGAUUUCCUUCGUGAGUCAGAAAGUCUGAUGUGUUCUUUAUGUUGCAUCUUUGUCCUAAAUGUUUGUUAUAUGUGUUGUGAUUUAUAUGUUCAACAAUAUUUAAGAAAUGAGUAA